AAAUUUUAUAAGUAAAAAGCUUUCAAUAAAUAAAUAUACUACCUGCUUUUAAACAUGUAGUAAAGAUUAUAGCACAAUUAUUAUGAUAGCAACCAUCCAAGCUAAGCAAAGACACCAUAGAAUCACCAUUCGCAAUAUGAAAGCUUAAUGGAAUCUCCAUAAAUAGAUUAAAGAACUCCAAAAUGCAUAACUUAGAGAAAUUCUUAAAUAGUUAGUAACAAUGCAUUAAGUCCAUAUCUGAGGAAUAUUAUAAUUAAUGAAUAGCAAUUAAAUUAGUAAUUAGAAAGCACUCCUUCAGAGAUAACAUAAUAUGUUUAGUAGAAAGCAAAAUAAAUUCCGUAUAAUCAGUAGAAUUUUAGUGGAGGAAAUAUUAUUAGCUCUUAGUAAUAGUAAUUAAAGGAAAGUAGUAUUUUAAAUAAUCAUAGCAACAAUGGUAGAAGUUAUAAUUAGAAUUAGUAAAAUUUUAGGAGUGCACAACUGACAAAUAAUCAGAAUUAGUUUUUGGGCAUAGAAAAUGAUAAUCCUUUAGAUAUUAGAAAUGAUCGCCACGUUAUAUCUAAUGCAGUUAAUGAUACGUUUCAGCACGAAAUCAAUUAUAGCAACAAUAAAAUGAAUAAUCCCUUAAAUAAUUAUAUCAUAGGAAAUUAAAUGAAUCAAGGCAAUAAAGAAGAAUAAAAUAAUUAUUAUGUUAUAUCUUCACUUCAAUCUACUUCUUAAAAUGGAAGUGUAGAUGUAUCACAGUAUGGAAAUAAUUCUGUAGAUAACAAAUAUCCAUACUAGUAAAAUUAUUAAUCUGGUUAGAACUAUUCCUCUAAGUUAUAAAAUGACAUGCAUCUAAAUUAAAUCAAGAAUAUAGAAUAAGAAAACCUGCUUUCACAAAUGCAAGAAAAAAUAAAGUUUUUAACUACUGAAAACGAAGAAUAGAAAAAAAAAAUUAGGAACUUCAAUCAAUAGGUUUAGAAUGGAGGUGGGAAGGGCUAAACAACUCAUCUAUAUGAAAAAUUAAAUACAAUUAGCAAUUAAAUUGAAAGUUUAAGCAAUUCAUAGCUAAAAUUAGACUUAAAAAAGCUAAAUACUCAAAACUCAAGCUAAUUUAGGAUUGAUUCUAGUAGAAGUUAAAUUACAAAGUCAGAAUUUGACCAUACUCCAAAGGAAUCUAUAUAAAUGGAAAAUUUAGACAAAUAUAGGAAAACUCAAACGAAAAAUAAGUAAAAGAGUAAGAAUCAUCAUCGUCAUAAAAAAAAUAGCAGUCAUAAAAAAAAGAGAAAUCAUAGCAGCAGUAAUUCAAGUAUAACUAGCAGCAGCAAUAGCAGUAAUUAUAGUGGAAGUAGCAGAAGUUAAAGUAGCUCUUCCUCUUUUGAUAGUGACUAAGAAUAUGGUAAAUAUUUAAGGAAAAAUAAUAACAAAGUGAAAGUGACAAAAGAAUAUAACUCAAAAAGAGAAGAUAUUUUAUAAGAUAGAUCAAAGAAUAUAUCUGCUUCUAAAAGAGAAAAAAGCAAAUCAAAACAUAGAAAAUAAAAAACUGAAGACGAAAUUCUAAAACUUGGGUCUUUGCUAAUAAAAGAAGUCAAUUUGAAUAGGAAACUAAGAGAUCUAUUUAUGAAUACCAUUGGAUCUACUGAGCAAUUUAGGAGAAUGCUUGUGGAAAAGAAGUUUACUAAUGCCUUCCUAGGAGUCCUUAAGGUCUUUUUGGAUGUACUAACAAUCAUAAGUUUUAACAAAAAAACCUCCUCUCCUCCUACUCAUAGCCCAUCUUCUUAUUCUCCUAUGAAUCAAUUGACUAAUACUUCAACAUUUACUACCUAAUCAAAUGUUUAGUAAAGAAAUCCAAUACUAUCUUAAAGUAGAUUCAAUAUUCCUCCUCAUCUGCAUCUAAAAAAUUUAGAUCCAUAAUCACAGCCUUUUAUUAAUUAAAACUUUUAAAGCCCUUAAAAUGGAUACAUAGGACCUUAUAUGACAGAUAGAAUAUACAGCUAACACAGUAAUGGAUAGCAUUCACCAUUAACUUCACAUAGCUUUGUAUCUGUAAAAUAAGGAAACUAGCACUUUCCAGCUUCAACCACCUCUUAAAGAGACUAUUCCCCUCUUGACCAUGGAUUAAAUAGCAUAAAUAAUUAACAAAACUCUAAUAUUUAUUACUAAAUGCAUGGCUAAAAUCAGUAGCUUAGAUAAAAAGCUAACAUAAAUAAUAAUGGAAACCAUGUAUACGAUUUAAAUCUAUCAAACAUCAACAGAAAGACAUCAAAUCAUAAUAUGAAUUCCUAAUCUGUUACAGGUUAAAACAGUGGAAGUGAUACAUACAGAUAACAAUUUGAAUCUUUUAACCAUCCCUCUCCUACCAUAAUCUAAAAUAAGCAUAUCUAUCAAAGCUAGAAUGAUAUUUAGAAAUUUGUGUCAAGCCCAUAUUUUAAUAAUGCGAAUAGUAGCUCAAAGAAAUAAUUGCAGGAGGAAGGAAUUAAGAUAUAACAGCAUUACAUGAGAAAACUUAACAAUGAAAAUGACUGGAAUGAAAAUAGCAUCUAAGAUGAAAACGAAUAGUUUGAAGAAAUUUAAAAUUAAAAUAAUUUGAGAUCUAAUAGCAAUAAUAGAACUCAACAGAAAUAUGAUAAAUCUAAAUAAUAGUAAAAAUAAUAAAUCAUUAAUAAAUAAACAUAAUUUUAAGAUGAGAGAGGAUAUUAGAAUCCUAAUAAAUAGAAUUACUAGUACGAUGAUUCAGAAUAUAGCUAAAAUAUUUUAAUUUCAAAACAAAAUAGCAUUUAAAGCUAGAAUUCUCAUGUUAGUAUAAAUUAAAAAUCAUAUUAGAAUUUAUAAUAAAAAAGCAACACUAAUCAUGAAAAUUUAAGUUAAUCAAGGAAUAAAAGCAGAAGCACUUCUCCUUAUAAUUAGAUAAAUUAGGAGUAAUCAUAAAACUAACAAAAUAAAGUUAGAUAAGUGUCUCAUACAAAUUAAAAUAAAUAAACUGAAAAUAUGUUAAGUGUUUAAAGAUUAUAAAAUAAAUCCAUUAAUCAUGUAAUCAGUCCAAGGAGUGCAAUAAGCCCUCUUAAAAGCUAAAACAUGUAUCAAAUAUCUUCUUCUGUGCCUGAAAUAGAAAUGGAUAGUGACUCUUAAGAAGUUACUUAGCAAUCUAAUAAAUAAAAUUAGACUUUAAAAAAGUAAUAAAAAAACAUUAAAAAUGAUAAAUUAGCAGCUUCAACAAGAAAUAAAUCUUCAAACAGGUCCUUUGUUUUUGAUGAUGACUAACUUUCCUCUAACUCUACCACAAAUAAUAAAUAGAAGCAUGUAGGAUUUACACCAAAACAGAGCACUCCUAGAGAUAGAGAUAAAAAAUCUUCUCACUCUCCAGCUAUAGGACUCAUGCCUUGUAUGAAGUUAGUAAGGGCAUCUCAUAAUGGUGCUUUGACUCCCUCAAAAGCAAGUAUUGUAAAUAUUAAAGCUGAUCUAUCAUCAAAAGGAUCUCAUACUAAUUUAGACAGUAAAAAUAAUAGCUUUUACAGCAAUAAAAAUUAAUCUACAAAUGAACUUCACAAACCAAUAAAGUAAUCUCCGAUAAGCAUAGAAUUUGUUGGAGCAAAAAGAAAAAUCUAGCCCGAGUCAUCUAAAACAAGAGAUUUUGAUAUAAUUAAUGGAAAUACAAAAUAACAAUAAAACCAUUAAAAUACUUAAGUGCAAUAAAUAGAAAAGAAAGAGUAAAAUCAACUCUAAAUACCUCAAAUAAAAAUCCUAGAUGCUGAUCCGACUACACCUAAUUCUUAAAAUAAACAAAAUAAUUAUCAUACUGAUAAUACACAAACUCCAACAUUAAAAACAAAUGGUCAAUGA